CCAAGGAAUGCUGAAUAUCUUCUGCUCAGUUGUCACCGCGACGUGGACUUGUUCCUGGGUCGCAUCAGGCCUGGAAUCCAAGCAAGUCCCGAGUCGUGAUGUUACACGAGCCCUGGGGGGUGGAAACUUUCCCGUGGGAUGUUACAUUAUUAAAUGUUGACCCCUCGUGCAGAUCAUAGAAAAAGUGAAGCUGGGGCAUGAUUGGGAGGUUCGAACGACAAUUGUUUGUUUUUGUAUUUGUUUUUGUUUUCUCAUCAAAAGCUGCGUCUAUAUUGUAAUCGUCAAAGGCUUACAUGGUCAGGCGCUACCGACGUUUCUGAGUGGAACCAAGGAUGGAUUCCCAUGCUCUACUGGAAUGCUUCGUCUUCGGUGAAGAUGGAGAAGAUCGUAGUCGAUAACAGUGUUUGCCAUUCGGGCCUGAUUUUCACUCGCGUGUGUUAGUUUUGUCGGGUGGCGAUCCUUCAGCGGAUUUUGGUAGUAGCCUCAGUGUCGACUUUACGUCGGAAUUCGGCUGCUUCUCUCCGACUAGGUGCUCCAAAUUGGGUUUAGAUUGACGUAGGGCCGACGUCUGGACGACACUGUCGGAGUUCCGGGUAGCUCAUGCUCGGAGGGAUCCACUUUGUUAACCUCGAGUUCAGAGAAUUCUUCUAACCUGUUACUACCACUGUUCAGUUUCGGACUUCCGAGAGUAAGGAUGACGAGAGUGCUGGUAAUUUGACAGGCAGAUGCGUAGGAAGGCGGUGGCCUAGGAGGGAGUAUGCGCGAACUCGAGAGGUUUUGUGAGCUCUCUGAAUAGGCGAUUGUGGUUCAGAGCGCAGACAGAUUGAAGGUUGGAUUGAUUUGAAUUGUUACCGUCUGGGAUAUGAUAACUUGGUCGUCUGCUUAGUUUCUUCGUUCUGACGAAGUCAACCUGGUUCCAGAAUGGUCGAGUUCGGCAUUGAAGUUGCUUCGUAUGAUGUAAUUUAGACGCCAGAUGUGGCAGGACCUGCCGCGGUUUGCCAGGCACCGCCAAUAGCGGCAGAAGAAGCUCGAGAACUUCGGACAGGACAGCAUGGCAAUGAGCACUUACGCACUCGGCGGAAGACAGGGACAUCACUCAUUGAGUCAUGUAGGACCGCGUCUUGCAAUAGUUGUCUGAAUUUAAAGAUGCGCAAUCAAAAAGGGAAUUUUAGGUGGACUUUGCGAUGCUGGGCCUUUGGAAAGGGUGGAAAAUGUCACCAUUUCAGUGAAAAGUCUGCUCGAAUUCAAUCCUUCUGAGCAUGUGUCGAGGCGCGAAUCUGUGAUGAGAGCCUCAAGCAACAAGCAGUGUCCCAAGAGAAGGGCAGAGUUUAAACCUUGGUCGCGUGUCGCUCUUAAGCAAGAAUUCUUCGUAAUUCGCUUCUUAGCAGGAUAUGUUCCACAAGGGAAUCAAGGUUGAGGGUGAACCUAAGUGGGAAACAAUGUUGACAAACUCGAUUGGCGCUUGAAUACUGGAAACAUGCAGGGAAGGCUUUGAACAGAGCCUGACUUAGGCAAAUCACAGUGACUACAUUCUGAUCGCCGAAGUUCACCAUCGCCUCUCGACAAGGUCACAACAAUGAGCGUCCGAGAGAGGCCAAAUGCCAAAUAUGGCGAUUUACAGGUCAAGGAGAGAGUCACUCAACUGCUGUAUUGUGGAAUCCAAAGUAGGCUUACGGUAUUUGAAAGGCUCGCUUUGGUUUUAUUUCUUUUUCUGGCGCUUGACACUUUCGGUGUCGCCGGGUUGAAUGCGGACGGCAUCGCGCUACUGGAAUUCAAGAAGUCCAUAACCUCGGAUGCUCAGAGCGCCUUGCAAAACUGGAAUUACGUCGACGACACUCCGUGCUACUGGAAUGGUAUUACUUGCAUGAAGGUUCAAGGAGUUGACCGUGUGGUUCAAAUUGUCCUCCCUAGAAAGUCGCUCGGAGGAACCCUGUCUCCGUACCUCGGCAAUCUUACAUACCUUGCUGUGGUGAACCUGGACACCAAUAAUUUCACUGGCCAGAUCCCAGGGGAGCUUUUCAAGUCGCCGGCCUUGUCCAGUCUCUACCUCUCCGACAACAAUUUUUCGGGAGCUAUCCCCACAGCGAUUUGUGCCCUCGGAGACCAGCUCCGUGUGAUUGAACUCAAUGGCAACAGAUUGGCUGGCGGUUUCCCUGACGACUUUCUCAAUUGCUACGGACUUCGCCGGCUUGUUUUGAGCUACAACAAUUUCAAGGGUCCCAUCCCGCUCGGAAUUGGUUCGAAAUUGACGCAGCUGAAGAGGCUUGACUUGUCAGUGAAUCACUUCAAUGGCUCAAUCCCGGAGGAUUUCGGCAACCUCACGAACUUACUGCCUCAGUUUCCGCUUAAUCUUUCCAACAAUCGCUUCUCCGGUGCCAUCCCGCCGUCCCUAGCUAAUCUUGGGAGAGUCCUCAUAGACUUGAGCAACAACAAUCUCUCGGGCCCUGUUCCGCCAGACUCUUAUUUUCAGGCGCAAGGACCGACUUCUUAUAUUGGUAACGCGAACCUGUGCGGUUCACCUCUGAAGGUUGAUUGUGCAUCUUCGCCAUCGCCAUCGCUAUCCCCAUUUGACAACAUCGCUGGUACAUCGGCAACUGGUAGUUUCAGUAAGAGACCUUUGAGCAAGGCUGCUAUCAUUGGAAUUGGAGUUGGUUGUGCAAUUGUCGGAUUACUUAUGGCUUCCAUCCUAUUUUACUUCAUUUUGAGGAAGUUACACAUACGUAAGAAGAGUUUGGGCUUAAAUAGCCCCGCGAGAUCAGACAAUGCCAGCAGCCUUCGAGGUUGUCUGUGCUCAUGGCGAGAGUCCGGCGGAGGGUCUAUGUCCGCCGACGAGGACGAUGAAAAUGAUUUAAUGCACCUGUCGGGAGUAUUGUCUUUCAGUUUGGAGGAAUUGCUUCGAGCUUCAGCAUACGUGUUGGGCAAGAGUGGCGUGGGGAUUAUCUACAAGGCUGUGUUGGACGACGGAACUAUGGUGGCUGUAAGAAGGUUGGGAGAAGGCGGAGAACAGAGACAGAAGGAGUUUGAGUCUGAGGUGAAGACCAUUGCGCAAGUGCGGCACCUUAACAUCGUCACCCUGCAUUCAUACUCUUGGAGGGCAGAAGAGAAGUUGCUGAUUUAUGACUAUGUUUCCAAUGGAAACUUAGAAACUGCUCUCCAUUCUAGGUCAAAUGCAUCGAAGGGGCCUCUAACUUGGGAGAUGCGCCUGCAAAUUGCGAUCGGAGCAGCGCAAGGUCUCGCACAUAUACAUGAGUGUAGCGCUCGGAAGUACGUUCAUGGUGACAUUAAGCCCAGCAAUAUUCUUCUCGAUGAUUGUUUGGUAGCUCGAAUUGCAGAUUUCGGUCUACAACGAUUGCUUUCACUCGCAGAGCCUGAAUCUGUGAGGGAGCACGGAAGUUCGAGGGGUGAUAAUGAUAGAGCUUCAUCGGUGACUCCAGCUCCGGUUGUCGUCCCUGAACUUGGAAGGAAGAGGUCUCUUACUCCAAGAGGAGCACAUAUGGUUGUGCCAUUCUUGAUGGGAGUGUAUCAAGCGCCAGAGGCUAUAAGCGCGAAAAAGCCCACUCAGAAGAGCGAUGUAUACUCAUUCGGCAUUGUAUUGCUUGAGCUUCUCACAGGCACGUCUCCUUUCAACCUGCUUGCUGCUGGUCAAGUCGACCUCGCGUCGCGGGUACGUGUAGCUCUCCAGGAGAAGAGACCGUUCUCCGAGAUUUACGACCCUAGUCUGCUCAAUAGCAGCAAUGAACAGACCAAAAUGAUUGAAACCUUGCAGGUAGCGUUGGCGUGCACCUCCGCAAACCCUGACACCCGGCCGAAGAUGAAACAAGUCGCAGAAUCUUUAGAGCAACUCUAAACAACUAGUAGCUGGGAUGCAAGUAAAGAUAAGCUUGUUCAGAAUUCUUGAAAGACCGCUUUCGGGGGAAAUCGAACCCCUUCGGCUGGUAGCAGUCGAGACUUGUAAACGAAAAGAACAAAACGAUUAGCCAGAUGACUGUUCUUUAGAAGCUAGAGAUGCGGGGAACCUCACAAGAAAUCCUCGCGCAAUCUUUCCGAGAUCACACACUCCAUGAUCAGACACCGAAUUUAGCAUCAGAGAGGAAGAAUUCAACAUUCGAUUCGGUUUCUGUGCAAUAGCUCGGGGACAGUUAGUUUUGUGCUCGAACCGAGUCUCUCGAGAUUGCUCCAUCGUAAAAGCAUUACCGCGCGCUCGAAAGACAGCAGCGAAAUUCAAAUCAGCUUGCUGGAGAGCACUGCCAGAGCGUCUCUCCUCCUGCUUUUUCUUCUUCUUCACGAAAUAAAACGGCGUCCUUUGUGAUAAUGGAAUCACGGACCUGCAUAGCUCGUUAACACGA